CGUGGUUGUUUCGUGACAGUGUCAGCGCACAGCUGGGUGCCGUCCAGGGUGCUGAAACGGACAAACUGGUGUUCACGCAUUUAACUGAAAAGUUAUCAGAUAGUGCCAACGCAUCUAUAGCAAUAAUGGGAAUACUGUGCGAAAUAAAUGGCUGAAGAAAAGAAAUGAUGGCCAAACAAAAAAUGGGAUUGUAUUUCUUUUUAAAAAAAUGGGAUUAUUUGACAUUCGUUUGAGAAGGAGUAUCCUAUUUACCAAAGUGAUCUGCGCAGACCUGCUCGAGGACGAUCGUUUUCAUAAGCUCUCCAUCCAGCUGUGAGCUGACAGCCAGAUGCAUCCAGCCAGCAGAGAGUAAGAGAGAAGACAGGUCAGCAUGGCAAAAAUCUGCACACAGCGAUCCUACCCUGGCGGGCAAUGGCCAUACGACCAUGACCUGGAACAGAUGGAGCACGGCAGCAGCAGGGUGCCCUCUUUGCAUGAGGACACUUCCUCUGAGUGCCAGGGGGCCAUCUCCUUGGAUGCUAAAAGGAGUUCCUUCACUGGGCCUGGAGGAAUGACCAGGGUCUCCCAUGUGGUCUUCAUGCUGAGGAGGUGGGCCUCUGGCAGGUGGCGUCAGGAGGCCGAGAGGCCCGACUCCUUCCUGGAGCGUUUCCGGGCCCCGGAGCUCAAAGGGUCAUCCAGCAGCGCCCAAACCUCACUUGGGAACUAUGCUCAUCCGCGCAAGAGGAAUUUGGUCAGUCACUGGCCACUGGCACCUCUCAACGUCAACAACUGUAACAAUACAGAUGACAAAAAAGAGGACAAGAAAGAAGAAAAAAAGGAUGAGAAGAAAGAGGAGAAAAAAGAUGGGGACAAGAAGGAUGAAAAAAAAGAUGACAAGAAAGAUGAGAAGAAAGACGACAAAAAGGAUGACAAAAAGGACGACAAAAAGGAUGAUAAAAAAGAUGACAAAAAGAAAGAGGAGCCACCGAAGGAGGUGUGGAUCAUGGACCCGGCGACUGAUCUAUACUACAGAUGGCUCUCGGUCAUCUCUAUACCUGCAAUGUAUAAUCUCAUGAUGCUCAUAACAAGGGCCUGCUUUAAUGAGCUCCAGAACAGUUUCACUACAUUAUGGAUCUGUCUGGAUUAUUCCUCAGAUGCACUCUACCUCUUGGACACAUUUGUGAGAGCAAGAACAGGUUUUCUGGAGCAAGGUUUGCUUGUAAAGGACCCAAAGAAGUUGAGAGAUAACUACAGAAAGACUCCACAGUUCAAGUUCGACAUGAUCUCACUGUUUCCUACAGAUAUUUUGAUGCUAAAAGUGGGGUUCAACAACCCUGAGCUGAGGUUCAACCGCCUCUUCAGAAUUCCACGCCUUUUCGAGUUCUUUGACCGAACGGAAACCAGGACAAACUACCCCAACAUUUUCAGAAUCAGCAACCUUGUCCUAUAUAUUCUUGUCAUCAUCCACUGGAAUGCCUGCAUCUUCUUUGCCAUCUCCAAGACUAUUGGGUUUGGCACAGACACCUGGGUGUACCCGAACAUCACCCACCCUGAAUAUGGCCGCUUGGUAAGAAAGUACAUCUACUGCCUCUACUGGUCCACACUCACCCUCACCACCAUCGGAGAGACCCCCCCGCCCGUUAAGGACGUCGAGUACCUCUUUGUGGUUUGCGACUUCCUCAUCGGUGUAUUGAUUUUCGCCACCAUCGUCGGUAACGUCGGUGCCAUGAUCUCCAACAUGAAUGCCUCCCGCGCUGAGUUCCAGGCCAAGAUUGACUCCAUCAAGCAGUACAUGCAAUUCCGUAAAGUUUCCAAGGAACUGGAGGCCCGAGUCAUCAAGUGGUUUGAUUACCUGUGGACUAACAAGAAAACCUGCGAUGAGAGAGAAGUUCUGAAGAACCUGCCGGACAAGCUGAGGGCUGAGAUUGCCAUCAAUGUCCAUCUGGACACCCUGAAGAAGGUGCGGAUCUUCCAGGACUGCGAGGCGGGGCUCCUGAUUGAGCUGGUGCUCAAGCUGCAGCCCCAGGUCUUCAGCCCAGGCGACUACAUCUGCAAGAAGGGCGACAUCGGGCGGGAAAUGUACAUCAUCAAAGAGGGAAAGCUAGCGGUAGUGGCAGAUGAUGGAGUCACGCAGUUUGUGGUACUGAGCGAUGGCGCCUACUUCGGUGAGAUCAGCAUCCUGGGAAUCAAAGGGAGCAAAGCCGGAAACAGAAGGACAGCCAACAUCCGGAGCGUAGGCUAUUCAGACCUCUUCGCCCUCUCUAAGGACGACCUGGUGGAGGCCCUCACUGAGUAUCCGGAUGCCAAGAAAGCCCUGGAGGAGAAAGGAAAGGCCAUCCUGAUGAAGGACAACCUGAUUGAUGAGGCCAUAGCUAAUGCUGGUGCUGACCCCAAAGACCUAGAGGAGAAGAUUGUCCGGCUGGAGUCCAACCUGGACCUUAUGCAGACCAAAUUUGCCCGGAUGACGGCGGAGUACACCUCCAGCCAGUGCAAAAUCAAGCAGCGGAUCACCAACAUGGAGGCAAGGGUCAAGACCCUGCGUGAGGAGGAUCUUUCUGAGGUGGUGAAAGAGAAAAAGGACAAAUAGCUUUCAGGAGCAGUGUUAGCCACUGAAUGAUUUUAUAUACACAGACUGUUGGAAUUUUUAUUUCCUUUGUUUUUGGCUGGACCGCAACAGCGGGGCCAGCCUUAUAAACGCGAAUGUCUGUGACUGAGUGACUGAGUGAUGAAGCUACACCAUUGGUCGGCCGGAUGAAGUGUGUUACACCAUACAUCAGACCGACACAUUGCAGAUGAACAUUUAAUAUCCAGGAAUUCACAUUAUAGACACUACCACUGACUAUCCCUGUAACAAAUUGGCCACAAUUUCACACACCCAUACAUGGUCUAGCCAUAUACUAGGUUUUGACCUGGUCUUGUUUUGUUAAAUACUCACAUGGACAAUUUAGAUUGAUACUUUUUAAACCAUCUAUAUGCCAGAAAUAUUCAUACAUUAUUCAUUAAGAUUGACUCAGUUGUGAAAUGUUUUUCCUUGAUGGUGUGAAUAUAUUUUUAUGUGAAAAUCAGCAGUCAACAAAAGAGGAAAAUGGCCUGAGCAAUCACAAUAUCAGCUGGCAAAUCACUAUACCAGCCAAACCACUGUUUUUUUUAAUGACAUGAAAUAACUUGCAAUAACCUGAAAAUAUCUGGGAUGAUGUUCACUAUUUUGGAAACAGAAGAAAGAAGAAAACGUUUGAUCAGUCUUUGUCUGAUUGAAACCACUCCAGUGCGUUUCAUUAAUUUAGCCACAAUUUCCCUUCCUGCUCUGGUGAGGUGUAUGCUAAUUAAGAAUUAAGUAUUUCAGUAAGAAAAGGUUAACUGCCAUUAAGACUGUAAAAAUAAAAAAUAAA